AUGUCUAAUAUAGACUCUCCUAUAGCUCUCUCCGAGUUAGAGUCAGUUCUGGCCUGGGUGGAUACAUUCAAGCUCUCUAGACCGACCAAGAAAAUCAACAGAGAUUUUUCCGAUGCUGUUCUCCUAGCCGAGAUCCUAAGCGUUCAUUAUCCGAAACUAGUGGAAAUGCACAACUAUCCGCCGAGGAACAGCCAUUCUUUGAAGCUCAACAACUGGCUGACGCUUAACCGCAAGGUUUUGAAGAAGUUGAGGCUGAGCCUAUGCUGUAACACGAUGGAUCAGCUCGCUAACUGCGCUCCCGGGGUCAUUGAACGAGUACUUGUCAUGGUUAGGGACAAAAUACGUCGCGACGAAGAGUUGAACAAGAGUAUGAGGGAGUCGGAACAGAAUGUAUCCAGCGGCGGUAGCUAUUACGAAGCUUGCGGCGAAGAUGAAAACAUCCUCGUUGUGCCCGUGAAGACGAGGGUCAAUGGUGUUUUGGAGACGGUUCAACAGAAAGUGGUCAACUACGACUGCUAUUUGACUCUGAAGGAAGAAUUUAAGGACGCUAAAGAUUCUAUUGAACUGCUCAAACAAAAGGUCGAACAUCUAGACAAUUUGCUGAAACUCAAAGAAGAAAGGAUUGAAGAAUUACAAAAGCAAUUAGAAAGGAAACAAAAUAGACGUAGAGAAGUAGAAGCUCUUCAGAAUAGUCUUUCAGUGCCGUUUGAUGAACCGCCAACCCCAACAGUUGUUGUACAGGAGAACAAAGCGACACCAGUUCAAAAUACUAUUAAAAAUAUUGAAGCGAAGACACCUAAAGUCGAAGAAUCGAAGAUACCUAUACUCAUAGAUGCUUCUAGAAUUCCUAAGCCUAGCGUAAUAGAAGUCAACGAAACAGCUAUAAUUGUAGAUAGUUCUAGAAUUUCUAAGCCGAUCACAAAAGAAGUUUAUGAGCUUGAGAAACCUAUUGUGGAAGUGCACGAAAUCAAGUCCGAUGUGUUCAAAGAAACUGAAGUUGUUGAGCAGAAAUCUGAAUGCUUUCAUGAUGUGGAAGAUUUCGAUCAAAAUCCAGUUAUAGUCACAACCAUAGAGGAAAGCAUUAAUAAAGAAAUCAAAGAGAUCGUUAAUUCAGCGGGAUAUGUGGAGAAUUUUGGCUACGUUGCUUAG